GUCGUGGCACGCGCAGCCCCAUUGGCUGCCUUCGCCGGCGCCGUGUCGCCAUUGGCUGGGGGCGAGGGGUCGGGCCGAGCACAGCGAUGGCGGCGGCAGUGCUGGGCCGAGCGGGGAACGCGGCGGGGCUGGGCCGGGCCUGCCAGCGCCUGCUGCGGGGGCCGCUCCGGCGGGGCUGCGCAGGACUGGCCGUGGACGACGCGGUCAACGGGCUGAGCGAGGAGCAGCGCCAGCUUAGACAAACCAUGAUCAAGUUCUGCCAGGAGCAUUUGGCUCCAAAGGCCCAACAAAUUGACCAGGAGAAUGAGUUCAAGGGCAUGCGGGAGUUUUGGAAGAAACUUGGAGAACUUGGAGUUCUGGGAAUCACAGCUCCCACGGAGUAUGGGGGAUCUAGUAUGGGGUAUUUGGACCAUGUAUUGGUGAUGGAGGAAAUGUCUCGAGCUUCAGCAGCAAUUGGACUCAGUUAUGGUGCUCACUCAAACCUUUGUAUUAACCAAUUUGUGCGGAAUGCCAGUGAAGCACAGAAGGAGAAGUACCUACCUAAGUUAAUCAGCGGGGAGCACAUCGGAGCCUUAGCAAUGAGUGAGCCCAAUGCUGGUUCUGAUGUUGUCUCCAUGAAGCUGAAGGCAGAAAAAAAAGGAGAUUACUUUGUUUUGAAUGGGAACAAGUUUUGGAUCACUAAUGGGCCAGAUGCUGACGUUCUGAUAGUUUAUGCCAAAACAGAUCUCAAUGUUGUUCCAGCCUCCAGGGGUAUAACUGCAUUCAUUGUAGAGAAGGGAAUGCCUGGGUUCAGCACUGCCCAGAAGCUUGAAAAGUUGGGAAUGAGGGGAUCUAAUACUUGUGAAUUGAUCUUUGAAGACUGUAAGAUUCCUGCUGAGAACAUCUUGGGACAGUUGAGUAAAGGAGUCUACGUUCUGAUGAGUGGCUUGGAUCUGGAGAGACUUGUACUGAGUGGUGGGCCGCUGGGGAUUAUGCAGGCUGUUCUUGACUAUGCACUUCCAUAUUUACAUGUGAGAGAAGCAUUUGGACAGAAAAUUGGCCACUUCCAGCUCAUGCAGGGUAAAAUGGCAGAUAUGUAUACACGGUUGAUGGCAUGUCGGCAGUACGUGUAUAACGUGGCUAGGGCCUGUGAUCGAGGACACGUCAAUGCAAAGGACUGUGCGGGAGUGAUUCUCUAUUCAGCAGAAUGUGCUACACAGGUGGCUCUGGAUGGAAUUCAGUGUCUUGGUGGAAAUGGUUAUAUUAAUGAUUACCCCAUGGGUCGCUUUCUGCGUGAUGCCAAGCUGUAUGAGAUAGGAGCAGGAACCAGUGAAGUGAGGAGACUCGUCAUUGGCCGGGCCUUUAAUGCCACCUUUAAGUAACACCCAUCAGUAAAGAAAAACCUUCAUCACCAAGAGGCCUUUGAUCUUUGAGCUUGUGACGCACAGGCUUUCUCUGCGUUCAUGAUAAUGGAAUCAUCACCUGUUGACUCCAUGCUAUCUAUUCUAUGAACAAAUGCCUCUGGGUUUACCUGGGCUUUGAACCUGACAGAAGAACAGAACUAAAAGUGUAUUCUUGUGACUAGUCUGGCUAUUCAUUCAUCCUAUUCAGAAGUCAUCCUGAUCUUGAAACUUCUAAGAAGUUGAGACCUGAAGUUGGUGCCAGGGAUAUAUUGCCAUCGGAAAAGCAUGGUUCCUGCUUAAUGAACAACUCUCAUGAAAUGAGAGGAAAUCAAUUAUUUUGACUGACUGGUUGUGAGAGAAUGGAUGGGGGAGAAAGGAACUUUGUACUUUUAAAAAUUUUGAGUGCCAUUGAACAAAGUGUUUUUAAGGUUCUGCUGCUGGAAGAUGAAAUAUCCUGAUGUGGUACUCUAUUGGUGUGUUAACCUGUGCCAUUCAGUUAAUAUCUUCUUUGGGAAACCAGAUUUUAGCUGAGGUCAUGUUAGUUACCACAUGCCAUUAAUAUCAAAAGAGCAGAGCCACACAAGCAACAUUAGAAAAACGUUUCCUAAAACCUCAUUAAAAUGUCACAUAAGUUUCUUUGCACACUGCUUUCCAUGUUCCUCCUGCUUACCAAAACAUUGGAGUGUGGUCUGAAGGCUUUACUCCUUUUGAUUGUUUACCUCCUGCUGCUGGUUUCACCACCCCUCACUUCAGGAACAGUUAAAAUGUUCAAUUUUUCCCCAUGGCACCUCAUGAAUGAAUCGUGGGGGACAAAAUGGACUUUUUAUUUGAAGGCUCACUCUUCUGUUGGCAAAUACAUGUGCUUGUCCCCCCAGUUUAGCCAUAAAGAGAAAGAAAGCAGAGUCAGCAUGAGUGUGGCAGGAUUUGAAGGUGUUUUAAGGAAACAUUACAAACAGCAGAGCUUAUAUGUUGAAAGCUUUUGUGGCCUUCCCUGAAUAAGAAAGUUGCAGUGUAAUUCAACUUCAAAGAACAAAUUGCAGGAAAAAAUUAAAUGUUAUAUGUAUAAUAGAGGAGUGAAACAGCUGCCAUCUUGGCAGUCUCAUACACAAGACUGCAAAUAGCUUUAUUUUCCUGUUAUAUUUGGCAUCUUUCACCAAAGAGCCUUGCUUCUCCCAUAUUUCCUGGACCAUCACCAAUACAACACUCCUUCUCUCCCUCUUACAGAACAAUAGAGAAUUAAAACAAAAAACAACUUCAGGUUCAGUGACCUAGCAAGGUAAAAGACACAAAGUCCUGGAUCUAAUGAAAGCUCAUGUUAGCACAGUUCCCUAACAAAUAAGUGAAACAGGAGAUGUCAUUCAUAUAUGCGCACAAAAAAUUGAAGUACUCCUGGACCAAGGGGCAGGCAGCUUUCAGUGUGUGGGUGUUGCCCCUAUAGUGCCCUCUCUGUAGGGGCAGACAGGAAUUUGAGGACUGCCUUGUCAGACAAUUGAGGUGAUUUUUACAGUCUGCAAAAAGUACCAAGGUGAUCUUGGAGACAUCCAGGACCCAACACAGAAAGGGCUUUGUUACUUAAGACUUAGCCCCCUGCAUUGCACCUGAAAAGGAUUUGGAAAUUAAGAGGCUCUUAGAACAUAAGUAACAUCUGCUUCAUGUGUGAAACACCAUGUGCAUUGAUGUUUUGAAUGUAUGAAAAAAGAAAUGUUGUGUGUUCUUGUUUCUUGAAGUGACUGAGCACUUACAUUUUACCUCAAAAUAAUAUUCAUUCUGUGUCCAGCAUAAGGUUGGUGUUGAUUGUGUUAGAGCAGGGGUGGGCAAAAUGUGGCCCGUGGGCGGCCUGCCAGGGCAUUCCAUCCGGCCUGCGGGCCCCCUAAAAAAUUUAGAAAAUGUAAUAUUAAUCUGCCCCUGGCUGCCUGUCAUGCGGCCCUCGAUGGCUUGCCAAAACUCAGUAAGCGGCCCUCCGCUCAAAAUAAUUGCCCACCCCUGUUAGAGGAAUUGUGCAUUACCAGUAAUCUGCAAGACCCCCCAGAAAGCAUGUCACUUCCAUGAGUCUCACACAGGCAAACUAAGAAACUUGCUCCAGGAUGCACAGAGCAAGGACAAGGGAAAAGAAUGCAACAUUUAGGACUGGGCUGGCUCUCCUUCCCCAGAAUAUCUAUGAACGCUGUCCUGUCUCAGCUAUUCAAAUAGCAAAAAGCAAAAAGGGAGUUUUCAAAUCUGUCCAAGGGAUUGGGUUGCCAGACUCCCAUUACAAUGAAUAGCAUCUUUUCUGCAGCUUUAAAAACCUCAGCCCUGGUCCCACGAUAUAUCUGUAAAAUGGCCAAUCUCUUGGGGAGAGCCUGUAGCAGCACUUGCAGUGACAAAGAUGCAGAGACUGUGCGCAGUAUUUUAAAAUAUUGGCAACCCAUUUUUCACUGAUGUUCUUUAACUCUACUAUGGGAAUAAAUCACUACAAUUCUCCUUGAAGACAUAAUAAUAAUAAUAAUAAUAAUAAUUUUAAAAUGUUGGUACUGAAUCAUAACAUUACAGUCUGUCUCAAGCCAGAAGAACCUUACUGAAACAAUUAUCAAAGCACCUGCAAUCUUAAGAGGCUCCAUGUUCCAAAUCAGAAUGGAACUGGCUUUUAAACCUGCCCUCUCACCUUGGAGGGACAUGGCUUUAAUACGAAUGAUUAAGCAUAUCAUGCUUUCUGGGCUAAUCAGCAUCUCAAAGUUAAGACAAAUUAGAUUAAUGUUGAAUGCACCAUGGGGCAGGCUUGGCAGAGAGCUCCAUAAAUCCUAGGAAAGGUUAUGUUUAUCAGAUCCCAAGCACUUUUGUGGUAUGGCUGAGGUGACUAUCAAGUGAUCUGUCUUGUGACCGGCAUUGAUUAGCUGGGCAGUUUUUAUAUGGUGGUGUAUAACAAGGAAGCUCCGGUGUUGUGGGGGAGGGUCUGUGAUGAUUAGAGUUUCCGUUUUCUAACAUGCGUACAAUGCUAAUAAAGAACUGUUGUUGCUCA